GGAGCGGCAGUCGUAGCCGAGUGCGCAGAACACGCGUGAGGUUGAUGGCCUUAUCUAUCUGAUCAACGUUUUGGCCACUGCGCAGUUUCCAGGCAACAGCGUUUGCGUCAGCUUGUUUGGGUCGCGCGUCUACGGAAUGUAUUCGGAUAGCGGCGACCUGGUCAUUUCGAUAAUCGCCGAGUUGGAUACUACAGACCACGAGGCGUCUUUCAACUGCUUUUUUUGCAUCUUUGGCAAAUAUGGUCGAGAGACACGCCAACUUUUUAUCUGCACCCGCGUCCCUAUAAUCAAGUUCACAUACACGAUCCCUGGCGGCAUCAAACUCAAAGGUGAUAUUUCACUUAACAACAAUAUUGGAGUGGCCAAGACUGAUAUGAUCGCGCAGUACAUCAGGAUGGAUCCGCGCGUCCGCCGGGUGCUCUUGGUUCUCAAGAAGUGGGGCGCGAGGCGAGAAAUCCCCAAUUACAGCGUCAUGAACUCGUACGGCCUGAUGAUGGUGGGCAUUACGUUCCUUAUAAAUCAGGGGGUUGUGCCACCGCUGCAGAUGCUGUCGACCACUGAGGUGACUGAUGAGACCUGGCGGAACCUUGGCGCAAUACACUCGAGUAGCUCCUUGGUCAACUCUCUCUACCAGUGUGGCAGCCCGGGUGUAGCUGAAAACUUAAAUUUUCAGACUGCCAAUGGUGUCAGAUGCCUGGAAACCGACACUAUUCUGCCUGACUGCCCUAUUGACGGCAUGCGCACGUACUUUUACUCAGACAUUAAAGCGGCGCAAUCGUGGCAGAGCAAGAAUACGGACUCGGUGCCGCUGCUGAUAUACAAGAUGUUCCAAUACUACGGCUGCAAAUUCAACCCGAUGGCCAACGUCAUAUCGCCACGCCUGGGCUCAGCUGAGAUCCCAAGGGCGUAUUUGCCUCAACUCAAAGCUCCCAGCCCUAAUAUAUAUUUAUCCCAGCGGCAAAAAUGGCGCAAGGACCUGCGUCUCCUAGUCAUCGAGGACCCGUUUGAGUUGACUUUGAACUGCGGCCGCAAUGCAGGCCCCGAAUGGGUCGAGUGUUUUCUCUGGGAGAUGUGGUGGGCAGCAUGGAUAAUGCUGCCUAAGAAGAAAGGUAACACGCACAGCAGCAUUACACAUAUGAUGCUGCCUCCACCUUUAAUGGUAUGCUCAACAGCUGAGGUGUGGGUACCUGUGCUCUGUAUACUGAAGAAUCAGGUUUGUGCUGGGCUUGAUAAUGAAAAUUUGUAUUUAUUGGAUAAUCCUGAGCCAGAAACGCUUAUUAACAUGGAAGUCACGGAUAUUAAAAAGGUAGCGACUGGCCGAUCGCUAAUUACUGCCUAGUUUUGCUGAACAAAAUUUCAAAUAUACUAGAAUAAUUAAUUGAUCGUUUAAUUUGCUGUGUGUGCUGUAUCCUUGGUUGUCAAUUGUGAAUUGUCUGAUAUUUAGAUCAUUCGUUGAGCAAACAAGUCAUAUGCGACGUAAUUCCGUAACUGUUAUCGGAAUCAGAAUCGUGUAAUGCAAUGUCAAAUGAGCAUAUUGGUCCACAACACAUCACCUAAAGCAAAAGUUAAAACCUUGAACAGGCUCAAUCCUUGAUUGAUCCUUUCCCAAACCGAUUAGCUCACUAUCUUAUUUCAGAUUACUGCACAAUGCAAAAAAGUCAAUUCCUGAAACGGGGGGGUUUUAAAUGAAGCCUUUUGCUCU